CUUGCUUACGUGCACUCUCUGGAAUGAAUUUUAAAGAAUUCUUCUCACUGUUAAAGUAUAUUUUAAUCACUCGAUUACCGAGACACAUUGAUGAUAUGAAUACUGUAAUAAAUGAAUUUUUGAAAAAAUGCAAAUCUACACAAUACACAUCGUUAGAUGUACUUGAUGAUCUAAUGAAUUGUGAAUUAAUCAAUCUAAUCAAAACAAAUUUAGAUAUAUUUCAUACUGCUGUAAAAAAUCCCAACUUAUGGAAAGAGUAUUAUACAAGUGAUACUGAUGCAUCAAAUUGGAUACGUGUACAUGACUUUUGUAUGGUGAUACAAAUUAUGAAACAAUUUAUUCAACAUCCUGUUGUGAAAAUUCUAAAGCUUUGUAAUGAUAUAUUAAAAUCAUUUUUAGAAAGUUUUUAAAUGUAUUAUUUUGUAAAUUUUUGGUUGAGUAUUUAUAAUUUUUUGUAUUUGAUCUGUAAUAUUUUGGUUAAAACAACAUUUGAUACGUUUUAACAGUUUUUGUCUAUCCUUAAAUAGAAACUGUAUGAAUUUCGAUGUAUAGUCCUUAUCAAACAUCCUUUUAAAUUAUUCUUCUAGGUUAU